GCUUAGCUCAUUCCAGUCUAUUCGUUUGUUUUGUAAACAGCUCGUACGCUUUCACCAGUACAUAAACCAAAAGUACAAAAAAAUUUCGUUUAAUCAAUUUUGAAAAUCUUUUCUCAAGGAUUUUUCUUGCCUGAAACAAACUUUAACCUCCCGAAGAUGUGUUGCCAAGGAGCCUGUGGAUCGGUAUCGUAUGCCUUGGCUUAUGGCCCCGUCGGACCGGCUCUGCCAGCCAUGAACUAUAAUAACUGCUGCUGUGGACCCAAUCCCCCCUGUGGUCCCUGGACAUGUCCUCCUAACAGGUGCUGUUGCGCCGGCGAAUGGGGUUGCUUUGGGCCUUUUUACUGAGAAUCUCUAAAGUCCGGAAGGACCUGAACAACAAGACGUGCGAUUUUUCUGUACUUUUGGUUUGAACCACGUUUUCUCUUGCACAAUGGUUCGAGCUUUUCACUAAAUUAAUGUAUUUAAAAAAGUAAUUCGUUUUAUUUACUACGAUAAGAGAUAAGAACGAGAAUGUGGGCGUGGCGGAAAGCUUCUAGGCAAAUCGAUAGAAUUUCAGAAAUUACUCAGUAAUCAGAAACAUUUUGGCGGUUUUUGGGGCAUGGCAAAAUUGUUUGGCAAAUCAUUUUUUCUUGGCAUAACAAUGUUGAGAAAUCUGCAAAUAAAAACUUUGUUUCUAAGGUCCCUCGAAUUUUAUUAGCUUCCUUUGGGAAUAGGAGGUACAAGAAGAUUCACACUUAUAAUUUCAUUAGUAUAACCCCGCAUGUCCUCCUAAUGAUUACCCCUCUUCCUUUUUUUUCUGACUACUGUCCAGUGAGCAAAGCUGUGCCUCCAGUGGGGACAGGAUGUGCGGGACAUAGCAGUUGUUGGUGUUCUUCUUGCGGCUA